CCGUCCCUGGUUGAAGACCCUGCUGUCCUCAGCUAUGCUGUUCUCCCUGAGGGAACUGGUCCAGUGGCUGGGCUUUGCCACCUUUGAACUCUUCCUCCACCUGCUAGCUUUGCUGGUCUUCAGCAUGCUGGUUGCUCUGCGAGCUGACAUGUUCACUCCCACGCUGAGCUGGUGGCUGGUGUUCGUCCCGCUGUUUGCUGCUGACGGCCUCAGCACUUACUUCACGGCCAUCGUGUCCAUCCGUCUUUACCAGGAAAACGAGAAGCGCCUGGCCGUGCUGCGGCUCCUCUGGGUGCUGACGGUGCUCAGCCUGAAGCUGGUGUGCGAGGUGCUUCUCUGCCAGAAGCUGGCGGAGCAGGAGCAAGCCAGAGACCUGUGGUUUGGCCUCAUCGUUUCGCCACUGUUCAUCCUGCUGCAGCUGCUGAUGAUACGAGCAUGCCGCGUCAACUGAGGAGAAGCAGUUAGUACUUCACAUCACCGACAACACGGGACGAGAGAGAAAUCUUCAUCUGCCAUUAGAGAUUUAAAGCAUAACAAUGGUGUCACUUUUCUUUUGGCUCAUUGCUACCUUAUUUGUUUUAUUUACAAAAAAAAAUCUAAAAAUGUUUUCCCUACAUAUGUUCUGAGGUUCGAAAUACAGUUUUUAUAAAUGUGUGCUCCUUAUAGCUUCAAAAUGAACAAAACAUGUUGCUCGCUUAAGUUAUAAUGCAGAAUUUCUCAUCCCAGAACAGUGAACGCUGUUAUAUCAGCAUCAUGGUUUUGGAAUAAGAACAAUCAUAUUUGAGAAUUAGAAGGGCACGGGGAGAGCGCAGACUUCGGCCAAGGCCGUUUCCAUAAGUGAAGAAUAAUGCGUGUAUCCGUAUUGUGAUUUAGAGCCGCUCCAAAAUAUAAUCGGUUCUUCUUUGGUCGAAGCUACACCUUUCCACCAAGUUAUGUGAAAAUCAGGUCAGUAGUUUUUUCAUAAUCUUGCUGUCAAACAAACCGACAAAGCAAACCAUGGUAAAGGUAAAUAAAUAGGAUGACCAUGUAUUUUUGGCCAUGUUGUGUAAACAUACUUAAUGGUAACCAUUGCUAUAGUGAAGCUUUAGUUAAUUCUGAAGACUGAAUGGAAGCAAAUUGCAACCACACAAUGAUUAUCAAUGAAUAAUGGUUUGUCCCAUCUUAGUUUUUUGAUCAGGGUGGCUUAUGGCUGUACAUUUUUGAUACUUUUAGGAAAACAGUGUCCAAGCAGUACAUGUGUAUUUGGGACAUGGUGUGCCUUUUACAUUGUGCAAUCGAUGAUAGACAAUGAGUCAUGAGGAAAAUGUAUACCAGAGUUAUGUUUUAAUGCACAUGUGCACACAACACAUGUAAAUGUGAUAAACAGGUGAAACCAAAAGGCUGUAAUGCCCCAGGUACCUUUUUUGGGAAACUGGGUAACGAAGCUCAAGGAGUUGCUGCAGCUUCAUUGCGUGUUCACCCAGAAGAAGACAUUGCUUGCCAGCACAAAUUUGUUUAUUAUCAUUUGUCUCACUUUGUUGCCUGUUACAGGGAGCCCCAAGUUGCCUAACGUGUCACUUCCAUCAGUGAGAAUGGUCUGAAUAGCAAGAAGCUGAUUCUGAAACUUGUUGUCAGCUCCGUCUCGCCCAAAUAAAGAACUGAAUGUGAUUUCCACAAGCAGUCACUUGUGUGCACACGUCUUCCCUGAAUAUUGCUGUUUAUUUGUACAAUAUGUAAUGUGUUUGAUCUGAGUUUGAUCCUACCUUGUGUAAGUACUGCAUGUAUUUAAGGCCUAAUUUUAACGUAAUUCCCCAUGUGAAAUUAUGUGUAAUAUGUAUAUGUUGAUUUUUGGAAAGAAAUUCACCAAAUCUUAUUUAUGUUCUAGUUAUGGCACCCUUAAUGUCAUCUGUAUAUACAUGUAAAUAAACCAUCAACAUUUAUCCAA